CUCACCCACAGAAAAAAAGUGUCCUUCAUUGCAAUUUCCCAAAUAAUGACUAAUUACCAAAGAGACCCCUAUUAUCCUCCUCCGGGCUACGCCCUUCCUUUUACGCCACCGAGUUACCCAUCAGCGCCGGCGCCGGCGGGGUAUGAGCCGUUCGCGCCACCGCCACCGCCUCCGCAGUACCAAGGUUACCAAAGCUAUUUGAAUCAAGACUACCCUCCACCACCUCCUUGGCAUUACCAUUGCCACCACGUGCAGUAUCACGACGAUGAUACCCCCGGUUUUACUUCCUUCUUGGAAGGCUGCUUGACAGCGCUUUGCUGCUGUUGUUUGCUAGAGGAUUGCUUUUUCUGAUGAUCAUAUCAAAAGUUGCAUCUGCAGUUUGGUGUACUUGGCUUCUCUGGAUAAAUGUUGCUCUAAUGUCUUACUUCAUAUCUGCGGGAUCUUGCAAGUGUUAUUCAUCGUUGUAACUCUUGGGCCUUUACCUUCUUCCUCACUCGUUUCUGGGUUCUUCAUAGAUUUUCUGAGGUGAUCAUUGUGAAUUUCGUUGUAUGUCUGUCUGAGUGCUUAAUGUAUAUUGGAAACUGUAAAGAACAAUAUUUUUACCUGGAAUAACAAACUAAUAUACUAUGGUUGUUCCUUGCUCCCA